AGUGUACAUAUUAAUUACAUAAACACAUUACAUGUUAAUGAUACGCGCGAUCUGAUGGUAGUUGCAUUAGUUAAAACCGUUCUCAAGGAUAAGACUCCGGAAUGCAUAAAUUAAGAAAAUAAGAUGUUUUGGUGACAUUAUUAAGUGUCACUUAUAAUUAUAUAGACAUAAAUGAAUAUUGUUACCAUAGUAAUAUAUUAGGAAUUAUAUACGAGGUUUUACACCGUGAAUUACUGAUUGUGGUAUAAAGAAAGAAAGGAAAGAAAGUAUAUAUAUGUAUAUGCGGAACACUGGGUCAUCGUCAUAAAAACGUUGAUAGCAUGUCACCAUAGGAUAAAAUGUUUCUUUUCUGAUGUGAUGGAUAUAGCUGGAUAAGGAAAAAAACUGAAGAUUUUUUAAUGUGCUUUUCGUAUAUUUCGACAUGUAUUUGAUAGUUUCUCUUAAGAUGAUAGUAUGGAUUUUAAUAAUAUCAGUAUUUUUUCGAGGUACAACUUGCUAUAGCCGUUACACGGAUUUAAAUCAUGGAACACUUUUACAAAGAACUCAUAAACCUCCUCCAAAGAAAUCAAUGUCUCUUUAUACAACAAUAAGUCCACCAACUACGAGCAGACCCCGGAAACUGUCAGUGUUUGAUACAAUACGAGCUGUGGUGGCAGCUGAUAAACGAAUGAAUGGCCAAAACUGGUAUCAUCAAGCUAUUGUGUCCCCAACGAUACUAAAUCCUAGACCGGUGUUUCCAACUAGAGAAACAAAAAGAUACACAGUAAAAAGUAGUCCAAAGAGGAUUGCACAAGGGCGUUCAAGUCAAGACCGGUCAGUUAAUACCAGACCAACAAGCAGCACACAUUUCUCAAAUGUACAAACUACUAGAGGAAAUCAAAAUGAAAGACCGACAAGGGCUGGAGCUAUAAGCAAUUUAGAUUCAAGAAACAGAGCACGUGCUCGAUCGAGUACAUUAAGUUCAUCAAUGGCUAGAAGAUCACAUUUGGUAGGGGACAAAGGUCUACAUGAAGAAGCUGGCAUGUAUGAUGCAUCCGCUACCCGUAAUGUUCCAUUACCUACAGCACCCUUUGACGUGUAUGAAAGCGGUGCCAUUGCACUUUAUGCAGUUGACCAUGGCCACGGAACAACUUCGAAUGCGAAAAUUGCACGGGCAAGCGAUAUCAUAGAAGCUAACACGCCGCAACAAUCAAGAUUUAAAGUUCUACCUAACGGGUCUAUUGUUGCGUAUGGUAUAUCUACUCAGCAAUAUCAUAAAAACAGACAGACAAUGCAGGCAAAACCAACAAAAUCUACUAUAAGUGCUAAACCAAGAACUCAACAGUCAAUAACUUAUUCAAGACAGCAAACGCGUCCUACUACCGCAAGCCGUCGAGUUUCUUCUACUCACCAAGGUCCCGCAAAUGUGGAGAAUAGAAGACUACCACAAGUAAUGAGUUCAAACAAUCAAAUAUCAUCAUCCGCAGCACGGGCAUUAUCACCAACUCGCACCAGCAUUGCUCAGACUUCUGCAUAUAAUAAACCGAUGUACAUGGACAAAAAGGGUGGUGGAGUUCCGGUGUUUGAUGAUUCAUUAAGUGUUGUAUUAGAUGACCAAAGACUACAUCAAGACGAUCGCUACAAUUCAGUACCAGGCAGCGUACCAGAAAGGGGAGUAAUCGAUUAUUUUCCUGUUCAGACAACAAAGAUGUCACGUAUGUUGCAGGCACAAACAUCUACUGCGCGUAGAACGACGUUAAAACUUUUGCCCACAACAACGACUACAGAAGCAACGACGACUACAAAGGCAACCACGACAACAACAACUACUACAACGACCACAACAACGCCUAAACCAAAGCCUAAAGAUGACUAUUGGACAAAGCAGGGAGGGGUACCAAUCAACAUUACUAUUGUGAAUGAUAAUCACGUGUGCCCAAGUUCCCGUGCACGUUGGCAGGAUUACACCGUCUACCUGGAGACCAAACCAAGAUUGUGUAUGAUACAAAUAACUUUUAAUGCAAGAUACAAACGAGAGCCAGUAUUUCACAACUCCUGGUGGGGCAAUAAUGUUGAAUGGAUAUACAGCACUGUGUAUGAACCGGAAGUGAAGUUUAUCGAUCAUUAUCUGCAAUAUUAAACUGUAUACGACCCAGAAAUAAGGAUGGUUGAUUUACAUGGUUGGGGAGGCUCUACGUGGUAUAGAUAAUCUUGGCAGAACAUAUUGUUGUUACACGUGACAUUUCUGACUGAUAACUCAGGAUUCAGCUAACAAAAUAUUUAUUUAACAUUAUUCUAAAGUAGUAAUAAUGGAAAAUAAGAGAAAUAUCCGAUCUUUACGAGCAAUGUGUUAAAAACAUU